AUGAAUUUUGACAACUAUGAAAGAUGGCUCAAAACGAAGUUAAUUCCAAACCUUCCACCAAAUUCGGUAUUAGUAGUGGACAAUGCAGCUUACCAUAACGUACAACUUAAUCCGGCUCCAACUUCUUCAUCUCGAAAAAGUGCUAUGAUCGACUGGCUUUCAGAUCGUAGCAUUCCUUUCAGUGACGGAAUGUGUAAGCCCGAAUUGUAUUCUCUAAUUAAACUGCGUAAGCCACGAUUCAAAACAUUCAAAAUUGACGCUCUACUGUCUGAACAUGGCCACUCUGCCCUUCGCUUGCCGCCAUAUCAUCCAGAUCUGAAUCCGAUUGAACUGAUAUGGGGAUUGGUCAAAGAAUAUGUCGCCAGAAAGAAUGUCAGUUUCCGUCUAGAUGAUGCUAUGAAACUAGCUGAGGAAAAGUUUAGUAGCAUCACAAAGGAAGAAUGGACCUCGAGGUGCAACAAAUCCCGUCAGUGCGAACAGAAUUACUUGCGGUUGGAACCUGUUCUUGAUGACAUUUCGGAACAAAUUACAGUUAAUUUACAAGAUGGCAGUGAUACCAACAGUUGUAGCAGUAGUGAGGAAAACGAGAGGGAGGAAGAAGAUGCAGAAGAAGAUGAUGGGGAAUUAAGUGGAAUAGAAGCUUUGUAA